CCGUGGGGCAGAGGGAUGAGCUUGGGAUAGGUGUGAAGUACGCGAACAAUGGGAUGCGGGGUGUGCAUGCAGUGGGGCAGGGAGUGGGCGAGAUGCGGUGUGCAGAAGGGCUGCAGGUGUGGGGCGCCAUAUGGUGGGGCUCAGGGGAUGCGCUUGGAAUGCGUAGCUUGGGAUGAGCUACACGAGCAAUGGGAUGUGAGGUUUGCAUGCAGUGGGGCAGGGUGAGAAUGGAGCACAAGGGUGCCGCUUUGGGGGGAUGGCAUCCUGGGAUGUGGGGUGCACCUGUGAUGGGACACGGUGAGUGUGGCACAGGGAUGGGGCCAGCAUGCAGUGGGGUUCGGGGCAGGUAUGCUGCAGAGUACAGAAUUGUCCCCAGCUGGGUGUGGGGUGUCAUGGGGCACAAGGUAAACCUACACUGGGACAUGCGGUGGAUGCGAUGGGCGCAGAGAUGCGUGUGCAGAGGGUGUUUGCAUAAUGGGGUACGGGGUGCCUGUGUAGAGGGUGCUGGAUGUCUGCGGAAUGGGAUGCGUGUGUGUGCGUGCGGUGGGGCACCGUGUACCCAUGCAGUGGGGCAUGGAGACAGAUGAGCAGUGGGGUGCAGAGUUGUGCGUGCGAGGAGGGCGCAGGCAGUGCACAGGCAGUGGAACACCCUGGGACGGAGGCGUGUGCGUGGGCAGUGAGUGGGCCCGGGGGGCUGCAGAUGCAGGGCAGAAGGCUGUGUGCAUGCAGGGGGCAGCAGAGAUGGACAGCCUGCAGAAACGGGGGUGUGCGUCCAGCGGGGUGUCACGAUGUGCAUCAACGACACUAUGAGACCAGGAGCAGGCUGUGGGGCAGGGAGCUGGCUUACUGACCGAGAUGCGGAUGAAUACUUGGGGGCUUCGGGGGGCGUUUCCCGGGAAGGGGGGAAGCUGGCCGGGGGCUGCCGGUGCCGGGGUGCAGCGGCGGGGCGGCAGCGGGAGCUGUGCGCGGUGCUGACCGCCGGCCGCGGAGCUGUCCGCGGUGCUGACCGCCGGCCGCGACCUGCGGCUGGAGCGGCGGGGCUGGGGUCCUGCGGCUCAGGCUGCUGGCCGGCCUGAAGCAGAGGGGCUUUGGCUUUUCUCCUUCCAUCCACUCCGCUUCCACGGAUAGCAAUCCCGCUCCAUCCUCCAGCACCCUUCCCGUGCUCUGGCUGCACUGCCAUGUCGCCUCAGACUGACCCUCUGCGUGCAACCAGUUCCCUCACCUUGCCCUGGGUGAGAGAACAUGGGGGGGCUGCGCUGGGACUGGGUCCUUUCCCCAGUUCCCCUUCUGGAGUUGUGUUCAACACCCUCCCUGGGGUCCCCUGCCAGGUCACUGUCCCCACGUGGGGCUGUGGAGUGACCAGGUGGUUCCUGGUGGAGAAAUUGGGAUCGGAUGCUCUUGUAUUGAGGAGACAGGUGUUUCAUGCCUGGCUUGUGCCGGCUGGGAGUGAAGGGGAGGGGGAGCUGCCUUUGUUCCAGACAAGGGAGCAGAUGCAUGUCAGUGUACAGCCUGCUGGGGCUGCACACACGCAGCACAAACACACGUGCAUGCAAGCACAUGCGCACACUCCUGGCCAGGAACAUGUAGUGCAAAGCAGACCCUCUUCUCAGCUAUCCCACUUCAUGCUGGACGAGUCCUCCUGGGCACAGACCUGCUCCCAGCCCACCCUCUGCUGGCCUCCCCCUUUCCAGCAGCUUGUGAAGAGGGAUGGGCUCUUUGUGACCGACUACUUCACCCGCACACCACGCAAGCUCAGCCCCUUCCGCUCCUUUGCCAGCAUCGAGCUCUUCCACUUCCACAUUCCCGAGGACACAGUCAUCGCCGUCUGGAACCUCAUCACCUUCAAGGAGCAAGGUGGCACCUUUGGGGAUCAAUGCCCAGACCGCAGCAUCACCGUGUAUUUCCGCUCAGGGGCUCCCUCUGUCAUUAACCCGCUGCACACGCACUUCCCCAGGGACACGGCCGUCCCUGGCUCCUUCGCACUGACCCUCACCUGGACCCUGCCCAACCGCACCACAGGCGUCUUCAAUGUCACUAGCCCUCUGCCCGGGGACUGGUUCCUGGCUGCCCACCUGCCCAAAGAUGAGGGCAAGAUCUCUGUUAAGGGGCUCUACGAGGAGUGCCAGUAUCUCUUCCAGCCACAGCUGAUCGUGCAGCGCCUGGUGAACAUCGCUGUGCUGUACCCCGGCCAUGUCACCGAGCAGAGCAUGGCCCCCCACAACCGCUCCUGCCUCUACAAGGUCUUUGUGCCCAGCUACACAUCGCGAGUGCUCGUGGAGGUGCUGCGGUGCCGUGGGGCCGAGGGCUGCCCACUCUGGCUGCGUGUGCGGGCCAAGGCUCCCCCCCUGCACAAUUCCACAGCCCUGGACUGCCGGGAACACACUCCCUGCCAGCUGGCACAGGACUUGCCCUUCUGGCAGCACUGGUACUACGUGCUGGUGGAGAAACACCCUGGGGUGCCGGGCACCGUCUCCUUCCAGGUCACCGUGCAGCUCACAGACUGUUCCCGACCCAGCCUGGCCCGGCCACCCUUCCUGCCCUCCAGCGCCUCCAUGAACAUGCCCCACUCCUUCGGCUCCGCGGGCGGGCUGGCGCUGGGGGACAGCCCUCCACCCACCAGCCCCAACGACACGAAGCACCCGGUCCCCAUCCCUGUCACCUUACACCCUGAAGAGCGGUGCUGGCCCGUCCGGCCCACGCUGCGCAACGAGCUGGACACCUUCUCUGUCCACUUCUACAUCUUCUUCGGGCCCAACGUGUCAGUGCCGCCUGACCGCCCCGCUGUCUUCGUCAUCAACCUCCUGCCAGUGCUGGACAGUGGUGGGGUGCUUAACCUGGAGCUGCGGCUCAACGUGAGCUCCCUGUGUGGUGAGAAUGUGACAGUGUUUGGGUGUCUAAACCAUGGAGUCCCACUGACAUCCAGUGACAACACCUCGGUCACCUGUGAGACAGAGUCUCUGGCAGGCUUCCUGCUCUCCGUUAAUGCCACAGCCAGCCUCAGCCGCUUGCGGAUCCCCUACCCACAGACAGGCAGCUGGUACCUGAGCCUGCGCUCGCUGUGUGCCACAGAGCACGGGUUUGAGCCCUGCACUAAUGUGACUGCUGAGGUGUACCUGCGCGCCUACCUCUCACCCUGCAUCAACGACUGCGGCAUCUACGGCCAGUGCAAGCUGCUGCGCACCAACAACUACCUGUACGCUGCCUGCGAGUGCAAAGCUGGCUGGAACGGCUGGGGCUGUACAGACAACGCUGAGGCUUUCUCCUAUGGCUUCCAGCUCCUCUCCACGCUGCUGCUGUGCCUCAGCAAUGUCAUGUUUGUGCCUCCCGUGGCCAUUGCUGUCCGCAGCCACUACCUCCUAGAAGCUGCUGUCUACAUCUUCACCAUGUUCUUCUCCACUUUUUACCAUGCCUGUGACCAGCCGGGCAUUGUGGUGUUCUGCAUCAUGGAGUAUGAUGUGCUGCAGUUUUGUGACUUCUUGGGCUCUCUCAUGUCUGUCUGGGUCACUGUCAUCGCCAUGGCCCGGCUCCAGCCCAUAGUCAAGCAGGUGCUGUACCUGCUGGGGGCCAUGCUGCUAUCCAUGGCUCUGCAAAUGGACCGUCACGGGCUCUGGAACCUUCUGGGGCCCAGCCUUUUCGCUUUGGGGAUAAUGGCCGUCGCCUGGACGGCUCGCACCAUUCGUCGCCGCCACUGCUACCCACCGACCUGGAAGCGCUGGGCUUUCUACCUGUGCCCGGGAGCGCUGAUUGCAGCGGCGGCCGUGCUGCUCUACGCCUUCGUGGAGACAGAGGAGAACUACUUCUACAUCCACAGCAUCUGGCACCUGCUCAUCGCUGGCAGCGUCGGCUUCCUGCUGCCACCCCGUGCCAAGCCCAGCCGGCGCCUGGGGCCCCUGCCCCGGCGCAAGGGAUGUGGGUACCAGCUCUGUGUCAACGAGCAGGAGGAGCUGGGGCUCGUUGACCCCGCUGUGGCCUCCAUCAACAGUAUUUGUACCAGCUGAUGGUGAUGCCAGCUCAGACUCCUCUGUCAUGGACAGCAGCCCUGUGGGGCUUGGCACCCACAGUCUUUGCUGGCUACCCAUCUCUGGGGGUGUCAGGACUCCUCUGGACAGGCACACAGCCACCCGUGCCAACCUGUUCUUCCAAUUACAGCCUGAUUGAACUUGUC